GGACGGGUUUAUAGUGAUAGUGGACCCUUACCCGGAGGCUUCGGGCUUGCACGACCCCUUAUUGCAAUUAUGUUGUUUAGAUGCAUCGCUAGCUAUGCAGCCUGUUCUUCGUCGGUUUAAUACAGUUAUUCUUACAUCUGGGACAAUAUCUCCUCUUGAAUUAUAUCCGAAGAUACUUGCCUUCGUUCCGCUCAUUGCAGAGUCUUUUCCUGUCUCCAUGGAGCGAGCGUGCUUCUGCCCGAUGAUUGUGCCCUUGACAUCCAAAUUCGAGUACCGCCACGACGUUAGCGUGCUGCGCAACUACGCAAAUCUUCUUCUUGAUUUGUGCAAAGCAGUGCCUGAUGGUUUAGUUUGUUUCUUUCCUUCAUAUGCCUACAUGGAGACCGCCAUGUCUUACUGGUACGAGAACGGGUUUCUAGCUCAAGUGCUAGAGCAUAAGUUGGUGUUCUUAGAAACCAAAGAUGUCGUGACUACAACCCUUGCACUUUAUAACUUUAAGAAAGCCUGCGACUGCGGCAGAGGGGCAGUUUUCUUUUCGGUUGCAAGGGGCAAGGUGGCAGAAGGCGUCGACUUUGAUCGCCACUUUGGGCGCUGUGUGGUGUUAUUUGGGAUUCCUUUUCAAUACGCCUUGUCUAGGGUUUUAAAAGCCAGGCUGGACUUCCUGAGGGAGCGGUAUCAAAUCCAAGAAAGUGAAUUCUUAACCUUCGACGCGAUGCGUCAGGCGGCUCAAUGCGUAGGCCGUGUCAUCCGUUCAAAGAGAGACUUCGCAUUGAUGAUAUUUGCUGAUGCACGCUUCUCUCGUCCAGACAAACGCAAUAAAUUGCCGCCUUGGAUUACCCGAUAUUUAGACCAAACAAAUUUAGCACUCAACACCGAAACUGCUGUGUCUGUAUGUCGUUCUUUCUUGCGGUCUAUCAGUCAGCCUGCUGUCUCUUCUGCUGCUCUUCGUUUAGAUGCUGCUGCGUUAUCUGAUUGGCAGCGCUGCUGGCUGCAGGUAACGCGCACCCUGUCUCUAGACCCUCAAAUGUGUGCAUUAGCUCCGCUGCAGCAGAAGCAGCUGCAGCUCAAACAGCAGGAGCAGCAGCAACAGCAGCAACAGCAACAGCAACAGCAACAACAACAGCAGCAGCAGCACAAUAAGCGCAAACGCAGCUUCGAUUUGGGAUCAGAGUCAACACAAAAAAAGGAAGUGGCUUCGAACCCAAAUGCUGCUGCUGCUGCUGCUGCUGCUGCUGCUCCUACUGCUCCUACCGGUGCCGAUGGACAUGCAGCAGCAGCAGAAAAGGCAGCAUCCGUAGCAGCAGAUGCUGCUACUGCUGCAGAUGCUGCUCCUGCUACUACAGCAACACAUCAGCAAGCAGCUGCACCAUAG